AACAUCACCCAAGACCACUAGAUCCGUGAGCUUACUCCGACUUACGGACUUAAGCCGGCAGCCAGUCCGAAAGGCUCUAUCGGUUAAGCCUCCUCGUCGACCCUCUGUACACACUACUGAAAUCUACAACGCGGCGGUACAAUUGGUGUUGUGACUACUUGCUCACCUGGUUAAAAAUAUUUACCGUCAUACCUGACUUGAAAGCUCCGAAUCACCAGCCAUGAGCUUUUGCUGCUAGUUAAUAGCUACUGUUUUACAACCUCCAGAGACUUAACUUUACAAAUUAGGUACUUUAAUAAAACGCUAAUUAUUUACGGUCUUUGAAAAAAUCGUGUUAAUUUAUUGGAUGUUGGAUGCUAAUUACCAAUUAGUUUAUGUUAUAUUGUUUUGGUUAAUUACAUUGUCACGCGGUUUGUGUUACAGCACACGUAGACUGAACUCGGACUGUGUGCGUCGACUCGCGGAAUCGCGGAGGCUGGUCUUGACGACAUACCGCGACAGCUCGCGUUAUAGGUGAGUCUGGCGAAUCUUGUAUUUUAGCUUCAUAACGGUAACUGUUGUAGUCGCGAGUGGUAGUAUUUAAAGUAAAGCUCGGGCUAUAAAUAGUUAUGUGGAAAAUAUUGUCAACUUUUUUUUACUGGUGCUGUUGAUCAGAUCAAGUCUUGGACUACUAUUUUAUUUACGAAUUUUAAUAAUAUCUAAUUUUUUUUUAAAUUUGUUGAGUGUACGUCUAAAUUUUUAAUAACUCAGGAUUUAAUUGGAUAAUUAUUUUUUUUGGAACAGUGAAAUUUUUGUAAUUAAAAAAAAAUUAGACAUUAAAUGAAAUUUAAGUUAGAUGCAAACACUGAGUUGGGAAAAGUGAUUGAAGUGAAACUGACAGCAAUUAUUUGAAAAUAAUUGUGUGUGUUACUAAUUAUUUUAAAAAUUAUAAAUGUUUGUUAGAUGUUGUACAUGUCAAUAAGCUGAUGAACUGAAAGAAUUGUACUUAGUGUUAAUAUAUUUUGUGAGAUAAAUAUUGGUAUUGAUACUUAUAUUGAUAUAAAUAUUUAUUUAAGUGUGUUGUUGUUGUUGUUAACAAGUGGAGGGCAGUAUUAUUGUCCGAAGUGUACGGAACAGUCGGCACGACGUUAACCUUCUACAGUAUGGAGCGCGGCGGGGGCGGGGGUGGCCUCGAACUCGCCGGCGGAGGUGGCGGUAAUACUGAACUGUGUCUCCAGGACCUGGUGACCGGUUCAGCGACUGGAUUAUCGGUCCAGCACUACCAGCAUGCCGCUGCAGCAGCCUCCAUGGCUGGACUGCACGGUGACCAUCUUCAAGGUGCUAUGCACCAUCACGAUGUUCAUGCCAAUACACAUCAUGACACCUCAAUGCUCCAUAAUCCUGGUCACCAACUCAGCCAUGAGCCUUUGGAGAAAAUGAAAUUGUUGGCGCAGAAUGAUUAUCGUGAUGAAACAAAUGGUGGCCUUGCAAGACUCGAUUUUUCAGGACAUGGUGCCCAUACACCUGGUGGAAGUACACCAAGUACACCAGGUGCUACACCGACAACACCUUCGGGAGGUUUUUCUACAGCACAACCACGAAAUCGAACGAAUAACAAUCAAAGAACGGACAUUAGAAAAGGAGUUCGAACACCAGUUGAGGUUAAACAAGAAAUGCGAUCAUCUGAAGUUACAUCUGGUGUAGUUAGUAUGAAUGACGCAAGUGAUAAAGAUGGUACCAAAAAUAAAAGACAGAGACGACAGAGGACGCAUUUUACUUCACAACAAUUACAAGAACUUGAAUCUACAUUUGCGAGGAAUCGAUAUCCUGAUAUGGCAACACGAGAAGAAAUAGCUAUGUGGACUGGACUAACGGAAGCACGCGUACGGGUUUGGUUUAAAAAUCGACGCGCAAAGUGGCGAAAACGUGAGCGCAACGCAGCGAAUGCAGCCGCAGCUGCAGCGGCAGCGGAUUUCAAGACUGGUUUCAGCACCGCAGGCCUGAACAGUUUCAUCGGGCGAGCUGAUGUCGACGCGAUGUAUAGUUCUUACAGUUCGUACAACAAUUGGGCUGCAAAAGUGCCAUCGCCAUUGAGCAGCAAGAGUUUUCCAUGGGUGAACCAUUUAGGCACAGUGGUACCAACGGCCUCGCACCAUCAUCACCACGCUCAAGUGGCACCAGUGAACUGUUUUAAUACAUCGACCUCUGUAGCCGGCAGUCAUGUCAGCGGAAUGUCAAUGUCCGUUGGGCAAGCCGCGACCUCAAUGCUUCCCGGAAUGGGUUCGGGUUUAGGAGUGGCAGGAUCACCAGUAGCAGCGUCAAGUGCCGCGUGUCCUUAUGCAGCACCAGCAGCACCCCAUCCAUACGGGCCCUCAGUCUACACACCCCAUCAUCGUGCUACUGGUCCACCUGAGCCUUGUACCCUAAUGAAUAGUAGUAUCACCUCACUAAGAUUAAAAGCUAAACAGCAUUCCAGCGAAUAUGGAUCCGCGAGUUCAUUCAGUACUGGAGGUACUACCGGUGGUGGUGCUGGUAGCAUUAGUCCUGUUAGUUCACGAGCUUCCUCUGGUGGUGGUUUAAGUGCGUGUCAAUAUGCACUUACUAGUAAUACUGGUAAUCCACAUUCACCUGGCACUGAUCAUAAUAACGCGACUGCUCGGGCCCAAGUUUGAG